UCCUCAAUAAUGCACACUUGAAGCUCAGCUCCCAAACCUUCACUCUGCUCCAUCAAUGGCGGCUGCGCACCUUGUCUCUCACUCCCUGUCGCUUCCUAAGUCCCUAAAGCACACUUCAAAUGCAACUCCCAAACAUUUCUCCCUGAAACCAAUUUGCCCACCCAAGCUCAUUUCUAGAACCCGGAUCACAAGGGCAGUUAUUUCCACCUCAGAGCAAAAGACCCAGAAGUUUCAGCACUGCUUUUCAAAAUCAGAAGAUGGGUUCCUGUACUGCGAGGGAGUCAAGGUUCAGGAUGUUAUGGAAUCAGUUGAAAAAAGACCAUUUUAUCUUUAUAGCAAGGCCCAAAUCACUCGAAACGUUGAGGCUUAUAGGGAAGCUUUAGAGGGAUUGAAUUCUAUCAUUGGUUAUGCGAUUAAGGCCAAUAAUAAUCUUAAGAUUUUGGAACACUUGAGGAAGCUGGGUUGUGGGGCUGUCUUGGUUAGCGGUAAUGAGCUCAAGUUGGCCCUCCAUGCUGGUUUUGAUCCUACCAGGUGUAUCUUUAAUGGAAAUGGAAAAGUCUUGGAGGAUCUAGUGCUAGCUGCCCAAGCGGGCGUUUUUGUAAACAUUGACAGUGAAUUCGAUUUAGAAAACAUUAUUGAAGCUUCAAGAAUUGCUGGGAAGAAGGUUAAUGUGCUUCUGAGAAUUAACCCAGAUGUGGACCCCCAGGUUCAUCCCUAUGUUGCCACUGGGAAUAAGAACUCCAAAUUUGGUAUCAGAAACGAAAAGCUGCAAUGGUUUCUGGAUGCCGUAAAGGCACACCCAAAGGAACUGAAGCUUGUUGGAGCUCACUGCCAUCUUGGAUCUACAAUAACCAAAGUAGACAUUUUCAGAGAUGCUGCAGUUUUGAUGGUUGCCUACAUCGACCAAAUCCGAGCUCAGGGAUUUGAAAUUGAUUUCUUGAAUAUUGGAGGUGGGCUGGGGAUUGAUUAUUAUCAUUCUGGAGCCAUCCUUCCCUCACCUAGAGAUCUAAUUGAUACAGUUCGGGAAUUGGUUGUAUCACGAAACCUCAAUCUCAUCAUUGAACCGGGAAGAUCACUUAUUGCUAAUACGUGCUGCUUGGUCAACCAUGUCACUGGAGUUAAAACCAAUGGCACAAAAAAUUUCAUUGUAAUUGAUGGUAGCAUGUCAGAACUUAUACGUCCAAGUCUCUAUGAUGCUUACCAGCACAUAGAGCUUGUUUCUCCUACACCCUCAGAUUCCGAGGUUUCUACUUUUGAUGUUGUGGGUCCCGUAUGUGAGUCUGCAGAUUUCUUGGGAAAGAAUAGAGAACUUCCCACCCCUCCUAGGGGUUCUGGCUUGGUAGUCCAUGAUGCGGGUGCCUAUUGCAUGAGUAUGGCAUCAACCUACAAUCUAAAGAUGCGCCCCCCUGAAUAUUGGGUUGAAGAGGAUGGAAAUGUGGCGAAAAUCAGGCACGCAGAAACAUUCGAUGACCACCUGAGAUUCUUCGAGGGGCUUUAAUCCAGGGUUGUUUCAGCAGUUUCCUUUCUGUGGUUGAUCUCUUUAUUCUGUACCAAACUAUUGUACUUUGUUUUUGAGACCCCAAUUCUUGUUCAAUAUGUUGAAUUUUAUAUUUGUAUUAAUAAUAUCACGCCGUCGGCCUUUUCGUUAAAUGGAAGGGGCGGAUAUAUCUUAGCAAA